UUUCAUAUGGAAACUAAAUGGAAAAUCCCGUCCAAAUUAGCUCGGAAAGGAACACUUUUAUAACAUUUUCAACAUGUUAAAGUGAGGUGUCUGUCUCAAAAUGAACAUUUUUCCGAAGACCAUCACUGGUGCUUUGCAUGCCCAGAAUAAAAAUGCCUGUGACUGGGGAUGGCAGUCAUUAAUGGCAUAUGGGUGCCAUUCGUCCGUAGUGGUAGUUGAUACCAAAGCCGUCCAGGUCAUCCAGACAUUAGAGAAGCAUAAGAGUACAGUAGUGAAGGUGAGGUGGGCUAGAGAGAACUACCAUCACACUAUCGAUGCUCCGUACAUGCUGAGGCUCGCCUCUGCCGAUGCAGGGGGGCAGAUCAUUGUAUGGGACGUCAAGGAUGCAUCAGAGAGAGCAAGCUUCAGUGAAGGAACUAAACCAGUCCUGGAUCUGGAGUGGUUAUCAACUCAAGAUGCUUCCCAUGAUCUCCUUGUGGCUUUACACCCGCCUUACUCCAUCGUACUGUGGAACGCAGACACUGGCAUCAAGCUCUGGAAGAAAACAUUCACUGAUUCUAUUGUUUCCAUGACCUUCGACCCGUUCGAACCGUCAAAUAUUGCACUACUUGGCAAUGACUGCAUCCUCUUUGUGAAUGACUUCAGUAUUAACAAAUCACCGUCCAGCAAUGGCCGUAAAUUCUACAUCACAACUCCCGUUGUCGGUAACAGCGGACCCAGCCCAUCCAGCAGCAGCACUAACCUACCUGGUGGAGUCGAUAAGAAAAUUGGGAACCGCUUCAGGAGGGUGCGACUGUUGGUUGGAGAUAAUAAACCAAGGAACUCGCAGUCCUCUGUGGAAGACACGGACACCGUCACUCUGAAUGAGUGUCUCCAGAUGUCUUACCUUCAGUCCAGGAAGCAACAUCUCCUUCUGGUCUACCCUAGAGAAAUCCUCAUCUUAGACCUCGACAUCUAUCAGACGGUCGGCAUGAUCCCUAUGGAGCGCAGUGGAAGUCCCUUCCAGCAGGUCUACCCUUGCAAGCAACGUGAUGUGUUGGUAUGUUUACAUGAGAAUGGGAGCAUCACUGUGAGGGUUCGACGGCGACCCCGCCCACCAGCCAGCCCCAGUGCCGUCACACCCGUCGACCAAAUCGGUAACUUUGUUGGACUAACAGGUGGUGAUUCCCUUCAAAGUGACCCCCAUGACAUUAUCUACGACCUUCGCUGUCAGUCCGACCCGCUGCGAGUCACCAAACACAUGCGCGCGUUCGGCCUGGCAUGCUGCAUGUCCACUGAGCGUCAGAUGGGCCUGCUGAUGAGCGAUGGGCGGACGUUAAUCUGGUCUUUGAUGACCGUUAACCACGUGGCCAGCAGCACCAGUAAUGUCCAUACACAGAUGGUCCUGUCACCGUUGUAUUCGCCUGGUACAGUGCCGAGUGUGGUCAACAGUGACUUUGAAUUCCUGCCGCCUUUACCCACUGCAGCCGGGCAGCCCACACUACCAUACCCAAAGGUGUCUCUAGGAGAUCUAAUCUGUCAGACCAACAUCACUGGAGACCUUAACGGCCUGCAGCAGCAGCAGCAGCAGCAAGGUCGUGGGGUCAUCCUGAAGUUUGUUAUGACUGGACUGAACAGUGGCGUCGCCUCAGUGCCCACCGUCAUCAGGAUGUGCCCACCGGUCACAACCAGAAACAUUCACAAGUAUCGACCGCUCGUCGCUUUAGGGUCCUCAACUGGGCUUGUUCAGGUCUUUAAUCUUACUACAGGAUCUCUGUGGCGUGAAUAUAACAUCCAUACAGCGUCAAUCAGGGGAAUAGAGUGGGUGAGUUUGACCAGCUUCCUCUCAUACAGCUAUCACAACCCUCCAAGUAAUGGACUGGUUCGCAACGAGCUACUGCUCCUUGAUCUUGUCAACGGUCGUACCACUCUACUACGGGGACACAAAGGAGACGAAGCUCCUAUAGAGGCUGUCAAGGUGUCUCAUUUGAAACAGUACUUUAUAGUCAUGCUGAAGGAGAAGCCAUUUGAGAUUUGGGACUUGAAGAAUCGUACAAUGCUACGAGAGAUGCCCACCUCCUUCCCAAUCGUCACAGCAUUGGAAUGGUCUCCGACUCAUCACAAGAAGCGAUCCGCAGUCAGCAUUCAGGAAUCCGUUGGUAGCUCCUCGCUACUGGACUCAACCAGUAGCUCUCAUCACAUCCUAGAUGGCAGCGGAGACGGCAAGGUGUCUCAGGCGACGACGACCAAGGAGCACUUCUUCUUUGCCGAGAGCAACCGCAUGCUGCAUCACUUCUGGGUGGAGGGGAGCGUGGUCAAGGAGGGGUCCCGCUUGCCGUCAGACAGCGGUCUGGGGUCCAUUACAUGCAUGACAUGGAAGGGUGAAACACUAGUCAUGGGAGACGCCGACGGGAACCUUGGAAUAUGGGAUCUGAAGGCUAGGGUCUCUAGGAACUACCCUACUCACCGCUCCUCCAUAAAGAAGGUGAAGUUUGCUCCGGGCAAAGGCAACCUCAAAGUACUGUGUCUAUGGAGUGAGGGUCUUGAUAUAUGGGACAUCAAGGAGGUGAAGGGUACAAGUUCCAUGAAGGUGUCCAAAGAGCAAGUGAAACUAAUCGAUGCAGAUUGGGCGGCAUCAGAUAAACCCAUAGUGGUUAGCUCCGAUGGUUGUAUACGUGUUUACGAUAUCAAACUCAAGACAACAUGCUCUGCUAUGGACUAUGCAGAAUUUGCUGAUCCAGUGUUCAGUCCGUAUUUAUUAUCGCCCAAAGCUGCUUUAGCCAUGAAGUACACAAUGCAGCACCAGCCAUGGAACGAAGAGUAUACUCUACAACUCACAAAGGAAUAUUUCCAUGACCCCUGUUGGCUGCCUCAUUCCUCCUCGUCCUCAGUGUCUGAUGAGGACAGCUUGAACGGUAGUGAAGACGGAGAGAUGCAACGGUGCGAGACUCCGGAGGAUGAGAACUUCAUCAAAGCAGUCAACGAUCAAUUUGACAUCAUGCCAGAGAAGAUCAAGAACUACCUCCCCGUUUGCCCUUAUGGUACGGCCCAACGCUGCCUGAUUGCUGCACAGCUCUUUGGGGAUGAGGCAGAGACCAUUUUCUGGACAGUGGGGUCCCAGUAUCUGAAAGCCGAGAAGGCCAGAAUGAACUGCGUGGUUCAUAAGGACUCACCAGAGAACCCUGGACCUGGUGUGAUCUUUGAUCUGUACCACAGCGACGGUCCAGGCCAUAUGCAGAGCAGUCAGGCAUCGUUACUCAUGGACACCACAGAAGAGGAUGUUACGACCUGCUCAUGCAUCAAAGAACCCCUGCUGGAUACAUGCUAUGAUAUGCUGUGUGAUAGCAAGUCAUAUCAGAAAUAUCAACUGGAACGCAUAAGUCUUCAUGACAGUAAAAGAACGAGUCACGAGCACACCAUGAAAUGUGCUGAGAAUCUUAUCCUGAUGGGACAGUUUGAUCGAGCCGUGCAGCUUUACUUGGAGACAGAGGCAGAGAAUAGCAACUAUUAUCUGGACUCCAUCUUGGCCUGCCUUGUUGCCACGGUGAAAUCAACAGGAGCAUCUCAGAGUACCAUCAAGCUGGUUGCUACGAGCCUCAUUGCUAACGGCAAGCUCUCGGAGGGGGUUCAACUUCUUUGCCUGAUCAACAAAGGUAUUGAUGCUUGCCGUUACCUGAUUACAUAUGGUGAAUGGAGCCAAGCUGUGUGGCUAGCUAAGGCCACUCUGCCGUUUCCUGAAUACAGCGAGGUCCUACGUCGAUACGUUGACUUCCUCUGUUCCCCUACAUACAAUCAGAAGACCAAGGCCAUUCUUGUCCUCCUGUCUCUGGGCCAGUUCCAACGAGUACUUGAGCUUCUCAUGAGUAUGCACUACUACGACCGAGCUGGAAUGUUUGCAGAGGCCUGUAUGGAGUUUGAAGUCUUGCCAGACACUGAUGACAUUAGGAGUCUUCUUGAGAAAGUCUACUUGGAGUAUGCUCGUUACCUAUUGGCGUUAGGCAACCGCAAAGCCUAUGGGUAUUACUGUAACAAGGCAGCAGAGAAGGCACAGAAAGUGAACCAGGAACUGGAGUGGAUGGAAGGCUGAUGUGUGGAGAAUGUGGUACCUGUAGGCCUUGCACAGAAAGUGAACCAGGAACUAGUGUCAAGGAAGGCUGUUAUGCGCAGACCUGUAGGCAUUGCGAACAAUGUCAACCAGGAACUAGUGUUGAUGGAAGGCUGAUAUGUGGAAAAGACCUGUUGUAGGCCUUACAAAGGAAGUGAACAAGGAACUAGUGUCGAAGGACGGCUUAGGCAUUGCGAACAAUGUCAAACAGGAACUAGUGUCUAUGGAUGGCUGAUGUGUAGAUAAUGUUAAUUCUGUUGGACUUGCAAAGAGAGUGAACAAGGAACUAUCAGCAGUCAUCACAAUUUGGAAAACCUGUUUUUGACACUAUAUUUCAAGAUACUGGAUUCGAGGCACCCCCAUGUACUCACCGCGCUGAUAAGAAAUGCUUAGAGGUUAGUCAUUCUAAGUAUUGCUUUGGUAUUGCCACCCUUCCUACCCCCCUCGCCCCACCCAUUAGCCAUCUUGAGACAUGGUGGACACAAUAAGAUGGCACUAUUAGGUUUGGGUCAACUUUGCGUAAAAUAAAACAAAAAAACAGUGUACUCCUAUAGUGUCCACCAUAAUUAACAAGGCCUAAUUGAGUUAAAGGGUAUUCAAAUGAUUGUUUUUUACAAUUCAAAUCUAAUUUUCAUCUCAUGUGAACCCAAAUACUUCAUUGACUGAUAUUUUGUUUAAUGAAUUUCAACAAAGAUCAAAGCAGUUUUUGUUUAGGUCUUUAAACUAAAUCCAAAAACAUAUCUUUAAAUACCCUUGACUUCAUAUCCCUGUAUAACUUAUGAAGGUAUUGAUUAGAAGAAGCUGCUAAAUUAGCCUUUUGUCAAGAUGUUCAUGGCUUUGACAGCCUUGUAGCACUGUGAUCUCAAGCGACUGAAUUAACCCUAAAUCAUUGAUUGAAUGGGUGACUGGAACAGGAGACCACACAUGCGAGUGGCAAAGCCACAAGAGCCUUUUCCCAACUUGCUAACAAGGUAGCAAAAAUCCAAACCCACCAGAAGUGGCUGGUGUCAUUGGGUCAGCAUAUAAACAUACAACAAAUUAUGCAAACUAACAAUGUCCAGGACCUUACUUAUUUCCAUACAACUUACUGAUGACUUUUUUAUAACUUGAGCUAUGAUUCAAGCUAUAUUUAGGGAAAAAUUGAUACUUGAAAAAUAGUCAAAAAAAUUGAAAAACGAUAAAGGGUAAGUCCAGGAUUUUUAUCAAAUUUUGCAGUUUUAAUGUUUUGCUCUAAAAUGAUGCAGUAGGCUCUACUGAUGCCCUUUUAUAUAACUUGAGCUAUGAUUCAAGCUAUAUUUAGGGAAAUAUUGAUACUUGAAAAAUAGU